AUGGAUCCGCCUCACAUCACCGAGUUCGCCUCGGAAAGAUACUUCAACAAGCUAAAUCAACUUCACGAGCCAUCUCCUACCGACGAGGGUCCUCACGCUGGACCGUCAAUCGCUCUCACUUCCCAAAUCACGCCUGCUCCACCUUCAGAAUCCACAUUCAUUCUUCCGCUGCGCACCUCCAAGGCAGUCGACAGCGAUCACGAUACGCCACGUCCAACUGAUCAAAAGCAAAAGAGCCGUUUCUUCGGCUUACGGUCGAAAGUAUCUCUACUUCAAAAGUCUGUUCCAGCGCAACAUCUACAAUCUCCAUCCCGUCAUCAGAAGGCAGCCACAGCUGAGCCCGCCAGCCAGCCUUUUGACCACCUGUUCCUCGCUCUUCCCACAGAGCUCCAAAUACAGAUCGUCUCGGCACUACCCCUGGCGGAUAUACUCAACUUGCGGCGCGUAUCCAAAACGUGGCAUACUCUCAUAAGCCUGAAUGAGGCGCCCAUCGUUCGCCAUCACCUGGACCACCACAUACCCGCGUAUGCUCUCCGCCUCUACCCCGCAAAUGAGCCGACGAAAGUCACCUUUCACCAUCUCUGUGGUCUUUGGCACCGCCUGCAUGUUGCCGCCAAGCUCUCCUUCCUCAUGCUGCGGCCUCCGUCGUAUGUCGGUCGUGUGGAGAGAUCUUUGCGCGGAUACCUUCGCGAGAAACCAGCAGAUGAGGUGCACGUUGCCAUCCUGUGCCUUGGCGGUUUGCGUCAAGUUGAGAGACUUUGGGAAAUCAAGGGCUAUAAUAGCCGCAGGGGGGCGGUCGAUAGUUGGUACAACGACAUAACCACGCCCCCACCCGAGCCCACAUCAAAGCCGCGUCGAGGCCUCAGGGCUUUGGGGCGGAAAAAGUCGAACGCCUGUGUGAAGGAUGCACCAAGGUCUUCAAUAGAAGGGCGAGACGCCCGGCGUGGCUCAGGCGGCUCCUUUGAAGAUGUGUCGCUUUCCACGCCGGAGUCGGGCCUUGUCUUCAACACAAGCCUCUCUGCCGGCAUGCCUAUGGAGAUGCUCGGUCACGAUAACGUGCGACGUCUACUCCCGGAUCUUCCAAAUUUGCAGCAAAUCUGGUUGACAACGGCAGAGGCUUUGAUCUUGGACCGCAACAUUGUGGAGCGGCCGCAAGACAUCAAGCGCAAUGCCCAAGUCAUGCUGGAUUUGAUCAAGGAUGACGGCAUCGAGGAAGAAGAUGAGUGGUGGUAUGGUCGCGGCACGCCCGAAUCUGUGCGUCCGCCACUCGAAGCAAUCGAGGAGGACCUUGACGAAGGGGUUUGAGUGAUUUACUCCUGGGCUAUUACACAAGCAUUCAUUGGGCGUUUGAGGUGGAAUCGUUUCAGGAAAGCGGCCAAGGAUACAAGGCCAUGGAGUCGGGAUCAAUCAGCAUCAUGGCGGAGGGGGAGAUUCCAGCCCCUUGGAUAGAUACCUUGCAUUAACAACGUUACUUUGUUCACC